AUGGAGUAAUUGCAGGAAGGAGAUUACGUAACAAUAUUGAAAGAUCCUAUUAAAAAUGAAAAAGGAUAUAUCAGAUAUUUAGGGGAAUUGGAAGGUAGACCAGGCACAUUUUAUGGAAUCCAUUUGGAUAAUAAAGUUGGGUCUCAUAAUGGUACAUUGUAAGGGAAGGAAUACUUUACUUGUCCUGAAGGUCAUGGCCUAUUCAUCACAGGGAAUCAUUUAAAAAAGACAACUAUGGUCACAAGAGAUCCAAAUAAAAAAUCUACAAAAGUAACAAAAGAUGAACCUAAGCCACAAAAGUUAAAGACGAGUGCUAGUUCAGCUGCAGUUGUUUAAAAAGCAUAGCCUCAAUAACAAAGUUAAUAUGGAAGCAACCAAACUACAAAGUAAACCACUCUGAAAAGAAAUGAAUCCAAGAAAGAAACAGUAGUGAAACGACUUGUUGAAGAAUAAAUUGAAGAGAGACUGUCCACUUUAGAAGCAGAAGAAGUCCAAGAACCACAACAACUAAUUAAGUAAUAAUCAGAACCUGAGCCUUAGUUUUUAGAUCAUUAACAAGAAUUAGAAAGUGUUAGAUAAUAAUAUCAAGCUUUAAAAAUUGUUGCAAAUGAUUACAAGUUGGAAAAUAAAUCAUUAAAAAAGAAAGUAGAAUAAUUAGAAUAAGAAUUAACUGAGAAUUUGGAAGAUUUGGAUUCAUAUGAAAAAUUAAUAAUGGAAUGUGAAUAAUUAAAAUCUGAUAAAGACAUUAUGACUUUAAAAUUGCAGGAAUUUGAGGCAGCAAAUUAAUCAUUAUAAUAAUAAGUAAGUUAAUUGCAAUUUGAAAAAGAAUUAGCAGAUCUGGAAAUUGAAGAAGCAUUGGUCACUUGUGGAGCCAAUCUUUAAGUAGGCAAUCAAGAUUCUAGUGAGGUUGUGCUUAAAAAUGCUCAAUUACAAAAGGCUCUGGCUUAAUUAAAAUAAGAAUAUGAUGAAUACAAACAAUAAAAAAUAACCGAAAUUUAAUAAUACUAAAUUAGAUUAGAGGCCAUUCCAUCAUUAAAUGAAAAGGCUAUGAGAUGUGCUAAAUUGGAAAGUUAAGUGAAGAAGUUGACUGAAGAAAAUUAAGAACUGUGCCAAAGAGUUGAUGAAAGUUAAGCUUUGCAAGAAAUGAUUGAGAAAAUGACAGAAACUUUAAUGAAGAAGGAUGAUCUUAUUGAAGAAUUAAGAAAUUAAAUUAAAACAAUUAAUGAAGAGAAGAAAUUGGAUUAAGAAUUGAUAUCAACUUUAUUGGAUGAAAGCAAUUCAUUGGAAAAAUCAUUAAAUGAUAUGCAAUUUAAACUAGAUUAAGCUAAUGCUUAGAUUAAUAACAAUGCAAAUGACUUAUAAGAGAAGGAUUUAUAAAUACAAAGACUUAAAGUAAAGGUAGCUUAAUUGAAUAAAUAAGUUGACCAAUAAAGGCUAGAGGAGGAUAAUACUCAAAAUGAGCAUCCAAAAAAGACAUUCUUAGAUGAAAUCAAUAUUAAGAAUUAAGAAUUGAUAUCAUAAUAAAGAGAUACUUACAAAAAGUACAUGAAAGUAGCAUUAAACAAUAUUGAAAUAAGAAAUCAAAUAGCAUUAAAGGGAAUAAUCAUUUAUAAAUCAUUACCAUAAGAUUAUUGCACAAAACUAAAAUUCAAUCUAUUAGAACCCGUGAUUUUAGUAAGAAAAUUAAGCGAGAAAUCAUUGCUAGUGGCUGAUGAAUUUUUAUAAUAAUUAGAAAAUUAGAGUGAUAAAUUCAUAAAAGAGGAAUUAUAAGAUUUAGGAUUUUGGAUGUUAAAUGCUCAUAAAUCUCUUUAUUAAUUAAGUGAUCUGUGUAAUAUAUUCACUACAUACCUAUAAAAUUAGACAGACAGAGAAUCUUUAGAGAAAGUUGCUAGAAAUGGAAUUUUAUUGAAUUAAUUCAAAAUUGCUGAUACCUUGGUUGAUAUGAUAAUCUAAAGUGUGCAAAAUGAAAAAAUCAGUACAUAGCUAUCCUUAUCAGAAUUGUAAUUUGCAAUUUAAAGAAUUAACGACGAUCUUAGCAAUCUUGAAAUUUAAGAAGGUGCAGUAAUUGAAUCUCUCUUGAAUCAAAUAAUAUUUAAAUAUAGCUAUUCAAUCUUUAAUUUCAAAGUCAUCAUUAACUAAUCAACUGCUACAACUCUAUAGCAGAUAACUGUUGAUUAGUUGAUUGAUACAUUGAUUUAAAGGUGUAAGGAGUUAUCAAAAUAAUUACGUUAUGGAAGAUAAUGUUGGGGAGGAUACUUUAAUAGAAAGAAUGAGAAAUUCUUAGAAUUAAUAAAUUACUUAUAACAAUUAUUGCAAUAGGAUUUGAAUAAGCUAGAGUUAGAUCAGUAUUAAUAGUAUAUUUCCUGUUAAGGAGAAUCUGUUUCAUAGCCAUACAGAGAUAGGUGUGUAUCUAUUGUUCAUUUGUUGAAUUAAAUAAAUCAACAAUUUGAAGAGUAAAAUAUUAAUGAAGAAUUUUUAUCAAACAAACCAACCUUGCAUUCAUAUGCAUAAACAUCUCUUUGGGCAUAAUGGUAGAAAGAAUUAAAGUCUUAAUUGUCUGAUAUUUCAUAUACUAUUGAAUCUGAAAAAAGAUUGAAGGAUGAUUUGCAAAAAUUGUAGUAGGAGAAAACUCAAAUUUACUCUGAUUGUGUGGCAUUGCGUAAAAACAAGGAAGCAUUAGAGAAUAGAGUGGUUGAUUUACAAAUUAAGGCUGAUAGAGUAUAAGUUCUUGAGAAUGAAAAACAAAGGCAUUUAGAGAAGAUUAAAGGAUUUAACGAAGCUUCAGAAUUGACAAGGAAAGAGAUUGAUAAUUUAGAAAAUAAAUUGAAAGAGAGCGAAGAUAUUAGGAAGUAACUAGAAGAACAAAUUAGUUUAUACCAAUAAUAAUAACCAAAGAACUCUUUUCUUGAUUAACUUUAAGGUAGAAAUUUUAGAAAGAGUGGAACGUUGUUGAUCUAAUCAUCCAACAAUUUAGAUUAGGAGAGCACUUUUAAUCCAUUUUAAGAAUUAACUAUGAAUAAAGGAAUUGAGGCUGUGUUAUUGAAGGAGAAUCAACAACUAAAGUUAUACAAGUUGAGAGAUGAAAUACUCUCAAUAACAUCAUCUAAUGAAAAACCUUAGAUUGAAGAAAAAUUGUUAUAAAUAAGAAAAUUAAAAAUGAAAUAAUUAAAAAGUAUGGCUUUGAAUGAAAAGUUUGAUGCUAGAAACUAAGCAGCAAAAUUCUAUGUGAAAUAAAAUGGAAUGAAACUUACAAAUACAGUCUUGAUGGAUACUUUGUAGGCUAUUAUAGCAGUUUGA